AUGCGGAAUCCACCCCCUCCGUCUCCAUUGAGCAAAGUCAGCUCGCCCUCCGAUCCUGCUCACACACCCGGUCCCCCUUCACCCGGCGUCGCCCUCAGCCCACCCGCACUCUCCCAUGAGACCGUCACUUCCCCCUGCUACAUCCAUUCCUACCUCGACAAGCACGGCAACGGGUCUCUGCACGACUACGUCAAUGCCAAAUCGUCCCAGUCACCCGCGGCCCACUCUCCCCAGGCCAGCAGACGGCUGGGCACGCCUUUGGGCUCCGGGACGCCCCAGACCGCUCGUCCGCACCACGUUCACAACUCGAAGCCGCAUAUACAGCUCCCCCACCACAACCAGCACGGAUCUCCCUCGCACAAGGGGGGCUCGCGGACGUCCCCGGUAGCCUCCGCGGCGUCGACCAGUGGGUACGAUUCGGACCGGUCCGAGGCCACCGGACUAGGUUUGACCGACGGGGACUAUGAUGAAGAGGGAGGGAACUUGACCAAGCAGCUGGCGGAGACUGCUCAAGGUGUAAGGGAGAUGAGCAAAGAGCUUCAACGUACUCGAGUCCGAUCUCGCAUCCAAAGCGUCCUCAUCGUGACCAAAGCCCGUGACAAUGCCCUCAUCCGCCUCACCCGCGAACUCGCCAUCUACCUUAUGCAGAAGCGCGCCUCGUCCGGUGGCUCCAGCGCGGAUCAACCCAAAUCGUCCAUGUCAUCCUCGUCCAUCGCUUCGCAAUCCCCCGGGAGCUCCGACAGAGGGAUGAUCGUCUAUGUCGAUGCCCAGCUUCGGCAUUCCAAACGCUUCGACGCGGAGGGUAUCAAGCGGGAUCAUCCGGAGUUCUCGAAAGCCCUUCAUCGGCGGAGAAGCAGCUCGAGUGUUAGCGUCAAUACGAUGAGCGCGUACCCGAGCUCGGCUAGUCUUGGGGAGGCGCAGCGGAAGAAGAGGGAAGACGAGGGGCAGCUGAGGUAUUGGACGUCGGAGAUGUGUAGUGGAUCGCCGCAUCUGUUCGAUUUCGUCAUUACUCUUGGGGGAGACGGUACUGUUCUCUUCACUUCCUGGUUAUUUCAAAAGAUAGUUCCUCCCAUCCUCCCCUUCGCCCUCGGCUCCCUCGGCUUCCUCACCAACUUCGACUUCUCCUCAUACGCCAAGACCAUGGACCGAGUUCUCGAAGACGGUAUCCGUGUCAACCUCCGCAUGCGCUUCACCUGUACAGUCUACCGCGCCGUCGCGCCCGAAGAAGCGUCCAAGGCCGCUCAGGCUACCGGUGGCGGCAGGCGUAAGGCGAUCAAGCGCCCCGGCGGCGAGAUCCUCAUGAGCACGGUGGAUAAGGCGGGAUGGGAGGCUCUGGAGGGAUCGAGUAAUCCGUCCUCAUGCCAAAAGACGGAAGGGGCGAAGGACAAGGAGAUUAUGUGUUUCUCGACGAGGCCGGUCGAGCAGUUUGAGGUGUUGAACGAUUUGGUGGUGGACAGGGGACCGAGUCCUUAUGUCAGCUUGUUGGAGAUCUUCGGCGAUGAGCAUCACCUCACCACGGUACAAGCGGACGGUCUGACGGUAUCUACCCCUACUGGAUCUACCGCCUACUCUCUCUCCGCCGGCGGUUCGCUCGUCCACCCGCAAAUCCCCGCUAUCCUCCUCACCCCCAUCUGUCCCCACACGCUCUCCUUCCGGCCCAUGCUGCUUCCCGACUCGAUGGAGCUCCGGAUCUGCGUUCCGUACAACUCGCGCAGUACCGCCUGGGCGAGCUUCGACGGUCGGGGCCGAGUAGAGCUGAAACAAGGAGACCACAUCAAAGUCACCGCGUCGAAAUACCCGUUCCCGACCGUCUGCGCCGACAAGGCCUCUACCGACUGGUUCAGCUCCAUCUCGCGCACUCUACGAUGGAACGAACGGGAGAAGCAAAAGUCCUUUGUCGUCGUCGAGGAGGACGACGCGGGCCCGAGCGACGGACCGAAGGGCGGGCCAAAGCAGCAGCUCAAGAACAAGCGGCAUGCCGAGGCGGGCAAUGAGGAUGAUCCGAAAGAGGCGCAAAGGGCUCUUAGGAAGCACGACGAGGAGGAUGAAGAAGAAGAGGAGGAAGAUGAUGACGAGGAUGAUACAUUUGAUAUCGACGACGCAUCCGGAGGGGAAGCGACCGGAUCUCCUCCAUCGCCCGCUCAGUUCAGCGAUGAUCACGAGCAAUCUUCGUCCCAGCCCAAUCAACCCUCGAAAACGCAUCACGCAGCCUCACCGCCCAAAUCAGGCGUCUCCACCCCAAGCCGCUUCGCUACCCAAUGCUCUGGCCCUCCUCCCCUUUCUCAGCGACACCUCGUCCAGAAACUCGCCGCGGCCGGUGUGGAGCUCAAGGAGAAGGAUAAUGAGCGUGGACAGCGGGACGAGAUACGGUCCGACUCGAGCGCAUUCAGAAUCGCCGAGGCGGGUCAUGCGAUCCCGACGGACAGGGAUGAUGGGGCGGAUGCGGGGAUGUCGACGCCGAAGCUCAAGGAGAGGCAGCGGACGAGGGAGAAGGAGGAUGGGCAUGCUCAUGGGCACGGGCAUGGGAGAGCAAAGGGCAGAGAUGCGAGUCAGGGGCGGGAGGGGAAGGCUAAGGCUUUUGCAUUCUUUGGACAGGACGACUCGGGCUCGGAGAUGAGCGACGAUCUGCAGGAGCCGUGA